AUGUCUGAACCCUUUGUCACAGUACUUCGGAAAGCCAAUGUAACAGGCAUUCAGCCCAGUCUUUGGAUCGACGCGCAAGGCACUCUGGCAACAUCUGAAAUGGACUUGGCUACUCAUGUUACCUUGAACCUAUCGUCCACAUCCAGCAACCCCAUUUUCAAACUCACAGAUGCAUCUGGAUACAAAGAAUAUACUAUUUGGACUGUUCUGUUCUUUUUCAUGAAAAAAGAGCUGGACCAUCCUAGCUACUUGCGACUAUUGGGUAAAUCAACAAGUGGAAGAGAUGCUGCACCAGUGUCUUUUAUUGAUCGAAAGGACUUGCUGGAUUAUCUUGCUGGUGCUACUGAAUCUAGUGCAAAUAUGCGACCUGCUGGUCCUUCUAAAUCUGACAGUCUUGGUGCUGCUGAAGUGUCUGCAUCAACUACUCAGGAAGCUUUUCUUGGAGAUCUUCAGCGAAAACGCAUGCUUGUUACUAAAGAAACUCGGAUGGAUCUUGAGAUAGUCAAACGAAUGCAAGUUUUGGAAAAAACUGUCAAUACAGCCGCAUCAGUCAUGUCUAUUUCGGGACCCAAGAAUUUUGCUAAUAUCCAAAAGUUGGCAUAUGACAAGUUUAUUAGAGCAAAAGAUGUCCGCUCAUCUCAAGCUGCGGCCAAAAACUCUUUGCAAAAGACGCUAAACACUAAACAGGCACCAACUAGUAUCAAAAAAUCAUCUCAAAAACAUGCAAAACACGUUUCCAAGCAAGCCAAAGAAAUUAUGCCGAUUAUCAUUGUUCCUGCUGCAGCACAGUCUGUACUGACACUUUAUAAUGUCAAAGAGUUUUUGAUUGAUCAAAAAUUUAUUCCUACAGACACGUAUCGUAAUCGGGGAGAGAACAAGCCUGUGGAUGUUACUUUGGAACGUGAUCCAAUGAAGCUUGCACCUGGAGCACAUCAAAAGUUUCUUGUACUGGAUUCUGUAGAAACCCUUCGACCGCAUGAUUGGGACCGUGUUGUGGCGGUUAUUACAAUGGGUCAAGAAUGGCAGUUUCGUGGAUGGAAAUGGGAAAAACCAGUAGAGAUUUUCCACAAUGUAUUGGGAUUCAGUCUCAAGUUUGUGGACGAACCACCUCCAGGCCAGGCUUCAUUAUGGAAUGUUGAAAACUUGAAUAUUCAUCGUUCCAGACGAUACCUUGACGGAACAGUAGUAUACAGUUUUUGGCAAUUGAUUGAUGGGUAUAUGAGGGGACCCAAAUCGUCUGUAUUUCAAUAAAAUGCAAGUAGUUUG